AUGGGCGUUUUCGGCAGGCUCGUCGCCCUGAGCGUGCUCGGUCUCCCGAGCCUCGCAGCUUCACUCGCACCUUUGCAGUACAAAACUAUCCCUCUAGGAUCCGUGAAACCGAAGGGAUGGAUCUAUGACCAACUCAUCGUCCAGAUGAAUGGCCUGGCGGGCCAUGAACAUGAGUUCUAUGAUCUGUAUAGCGACUGGAUAGGCGGAGAUUCUUUCUAUUCCGUCUUGGAGGAAGGCGAGUCUGGAAGCUACUGGUUUGAUGGACUCGUACCCAGCGCCGUUCUCACCGAAAACGAACCAAUCAAAGAGAAGACCCUCGAGUUCUUGAACUACGUCCUGGACCACCAAGAUGACUCGGGUUGGCUUGGGCCCGAGGUCAACACCACGAAGCCUAGGUAUUUAUGGGGAAGGUACCCCUUCUUCUUUGGCGCCAUUCAGCUACUGGAGGUCGACCCAUCGCUUACGGACCGCGUCGUCACCGCUAUGCACAAGUUUGUCGUCCUCGCCCACGAGAUGCUCGUCAACGGCGAGGGCGUGGAUAAGUGGGCGGCUACUCGGUGGGAAGACUUCGUUGUCGUGUUACAAUGGCUGUAUGACAACCACCCUCGCGGUCAGGAGGAACUCCUCAUUGACACCAUGAAGUACCUGAAGUGGACUGGUAUCCCCUGGGAGCAAGUCUUCACCGAGGAGCUGUUCCCCAAGAGCGCAGUCGAAAACCUAACGAAUCCAUUCGAGGAGCUUGCUUGGCACGGCGUGAACAUGGCCGAAGGCCUGAAGGCCCUGGGCAUGACCUACCGCUUCACACACAACACCUCUGACCUCGACGCCGCAAGCAUGGCUUGGGAGCUCGUCUUCAAGUAUCAUGGCCGUCCCUCUGGCAUUUUCGCGGCGGACGAGAUGCUUGCAGGGCUGGAGGCGAACCGGGGCACGGAGUUGUGUCUCGUCGUGGAAACUAUGCUCAGCGGUACCUUCCUCUACACCGUCAGCGGAGACCCCAAGUACGCGGAUCGGGUCGAGCGCAUCACCUACAAUGCCCUUCCGGCUACUCUCACUGGCGAUAUGUGGGGACGUCAGUACCUCCAACAGCAGAACCAGAUAUCCGCCAUGAACAUGACGCCCAACCCCUUCCCCUCCGACGGCCCUGAGUCCAACAUCUUCGGUCUUGAGCCCAAUUACCCCUGCUGCACGGUCGCCUUCCCGAAAGGUUGGCCGAAAUUCGUGGCCAAUGCGUUCAUGGUGGCGCCCGACCUGUCCUCGCUGGUCAACGUCUACCUGGGGCCGUUCGAGACGAGCACGGUGCUUGCUGGCGAUAACCACGUCACCGCCACCGUCGAUACACAGUACCCCUUCUCCGACGGGCUCACGACGACGAUCAUCGCCGACAAGCCUUUCACGUACAAAGUUCGCAUCCCGUCAUGGGUCGAAGGCGGCACCAUCGCUGUCAAUGGCGCCCCCGCCAAGCCUGUUAGCCCCGUCAACGGCCUGCAGUCUGUCGAAAUAGGCGGCGGGAAGACGGUUCUGGUGCUCGACCUGCCUGCGCCUAUCACGGUUGAACAACGCCCGCACUCCGCUAUCGCCCUCCAGCGCGGCCCGCUGCACUACGCCUAUGACAUCCCGCGCACGGAGCGCGUCCUCGCUGUCGAUCCGCACGAGCAUCGCGCCGUUGACCUGCAGAUGGAGCCCGCAAGCGAGUGGGCGUGGGCAAUCGACCCGUCAACGGCAGUCUUCCGGAACGAGGGAACUGGCUCCGCACUCCCCUCGCCCAUCUUCGAUUUCGGUCGCCCGCCGGUGACGCUGCAGGUGCAGGCGUGCCCCAUCGACUGGCCGCUGGCCGGUGACAUCUUCGCCGCCGCGCCCCCGGAGAACGCGUCGUGCACGGGACCGGAGAGGACGAUAUCGCUGAGUCCGUAUGGGGCCACGAAGCUGCGUGUGAGCGAGUUCCCGACGUUCAAGUCCUCGCUCGCGGCGGACGUCGAGGGAGAGGGUUGGAAGAACGUGCUCGUCGCGCAGCAGCCCUUUCGCUUGGCUAUUGCCACUAUCUAUACCCUGGAAGGAUAUAUAUCGUCGAAAUGGUCUCUCCUCUCCGGCCAUCUCAUCGCCUUGUAUAGCGAGCUAAGACAGAUUUGUGACAUGCAGAAACAGGACGGAACCGACGAAAGCGACUCUUCCUGCUCAAAACAAUCUGGAGAUACGAUACAAUUGAGCAUGGCCCUUUACGAGCAGCACCGCGUUCAGCAAUGCUUGCGACGCAUAAUGGACAAGGCCGUCUGGGAGCCCGAUGACACCGCCGAAUUCGACUGCAUGCACUACGACGGCGAUUACGCCCUUGACCGCGCCGUCGACCGCCUCGCGCUCCCCAGCGGCGCGCACAUCCUCGACAUCGGCGCCGGUUACGGCAGCACCGGCCGCUACCUCCACACCGAGCACGGCCUGCGCGUCACCGGCCUCGAGCUGCAGAAGGACAUCCACGACGUCGCCGCGCUCAUCAAUGCGCGCCAGACCAUGCCUGCGGACGCUAUACGCGCCGUGCAGGGCGACAUCCUCGACGACGCGACGCUCGCCCGCCUUGACGACCAGUACGACGGUGCGGUCUCCUUCCUCACCAUCCUGCACAUCCCCGACCGCGCGCCGCUCUUCGCGCGCCUGGCGGCGCUGGUGCGCCCCGGCGGGCGCGUGUACAUUGAAGACUACGUACGCGGGCGCGAGCUCACUGAGGACGAGUCGCGGCGCCUGGCGAAGAUCGUGGCAUGUCCAUACCUGCCAGACCGCUCGACAUACAGGAAGCAGGUCAGAGCCGCGGGCUUCCGGGUGUUGUGCAACGAGGACGUGAGCGCGACGUGGAAGCGAUUUACGCGGGCAAGGGCAGAGACAUAUGCGCGACGGACCGACGCAGUUCCAUCGAUGGUGACCUUCUAUGACACGGUGGCGGAGCUCUUUACGAACGGGGCGGUUGAGGGAAUGUGCCUUACUUUGGAACGUCGCUGA